AUGCAGGUGUCUAGCGCUCCGGCCAUAUGCAACGCCAACGACCUCCGCAACUUCAACCCUAGCCUGAACAGUGGGGAUGACUCCCCUGCCCUGAAGCGAGCGGACGCCUCCCCCUCCACUACCUACAUCUAUGCCGACAAGUUUAACGCCGGGGCCAGCCUGAACAUCAAGACCAGCGUCAGCCUGGGCAAGCCCCUGGUGACGGGCCGCUUCCUCAGCGUCAAGUUGGCGGCCGGGGCGGUGCUGACGCUGUCGGCCCAGCCCCGCUUCCCCCGCGGCCGCGUCAUCUCUGGCGCGGGUCGGGUGGUCUUUUCUGGCCCCGGACCCUUCUGGAUCCUCCCCGAUUGGUGGAUGGGCCCGUCCUCCAACACCGACGCCAGCGUGGCGCUGGCAGCCGCCCGCGCCGCCUGCGCCUCCACGCUCUGCCACAUCAUCGUCACAGGGCAGACCCGGUUGUCCUCCCCCCUCACCCUCACCCCCAGCCUCCUGAUCUGGGGCUCCGCCCGCUCCUUCCUGACCGGUACCACCUCCGCCCCCUCCCCCGACGGCCUCAUCCUCGCCCCCGGUACCUACGCCACCCCGCUCACCCUGCCCUACCUCACCGGCUUCAGCGGCAGCGCCCUCACCCUGCGCGGCGUACGCGGCCUGCGCGCUUACGUCCCCAUGCUCAGCUCCAGCGCGGUGGGGCUGCAGCUGGCCACCAGCGCCGCCGCACCUGCCAUCGUCGACAACCAGUUGGAGGCCUUCUUUGCCACCGGCCUGGGGCACGCCGUCUGGGUCAAUGCUCGGGCGGGGGACACCAUCUCUGCCACCUCCGUCUACUCCAACUUCCUCUUGCGGGCCAAGUCCGGCGCCUCCUCCGGCGUCUACUUCUCCGGUGGCGCUCCUGCCCUCUCCAACUUCAAGGUCAGCUUCUCCGCCAUAGACCCCGCCAACACAGGCUCCACCUUUGCCCUCGUGCGCAGCGGCGUCGCCGCUGCGGUGUCCAACGUCGUGGCUGAGGUCACGGCCUGGGCCGGCGGGUUCACUGCGGGGGCGACCCUUGUGAUCGGGGCCUUCAACAACCUGAACCUGGUCAUGAAACUGUCGGGGCCCAUCAGCAGCAAGGUGCUGGCCUUCACCGGCGCGGGCGCCAAGAUCAACUGGGAUGCCUCGUGGAACCGCGACAGCGCCAAGGCCCUGGUUGCCACGCGCACCAAGAACCCGCCCAUCGGCGACAUGAUCAGCACCAACUUUGCGGUGGUCAAGCUCCCCGCCGCCCUCAUCACCGGGACCUGGCCCAAAGGCACCACCCGGACCUUCUACAUUAACCACCUGAUGGCCAACGGCGGCAUGAAGCGCAUCCUGAUGGGACCCGGCCGCCUGCAGCCCGCCGCCAGCUUCAUCGUCAACCCCGGCCUCGUGGUGGCUGGGGUCCAGGACUUGGGGUCCUACAACCUGGCCGUCACGCUGAAGAACACCCUGGGCCGUUCCAUCACCAAGGCCGACGUGACGCUGCCAACUGGCAAGACGUACGAUCUGUACUUCAACCUCAUGGUCGGGGUCGGGGGCAUCGCCUGA